UUACCAAACCCUUGUUUGCUAGGUAUAGUUUUUACAAUUGCAACACACGAUGGAAACCAAUUAGUUUUUCAUUACCCGCCGAAGCCAAACGAAUAUGGGUUUCAGGCUACACCAUUGGACAUGAACGAAUUGUCACACAAUGUUGAAGGGUUGAAUGACUCAAGCGAAGACGAGAUAUAUGAUGAUGACGAUGACGACGAUGAUGUGAGUGAUCAAAAUCGACAUAAAAGAUCUUCUUCUUCUUCAAACAAUCGAUAUCAAUCUGGUAGAGAUUUGCUCGAGCUGAUGUAUGAACGUGAACAGAAAAAAAAGAAGAAGAAAAUUUUAAGAAGGAAACAACGAAUGAGAAAACGCAAGAGAGAAAGAUCAAAAGCUUAUUUAGAUUCGCAAUCGGCAAUUUCUUCACUGAAGACAUCAAUCAUUGAAAAAUUAUUUUCAUUUGAUGCUGAUUUCAUAAGUGACUUAGCAACUCCCCCUAAGUCACUAUGUAAUACCAGAUUUGAAUUAACAGUGGAAGACAUGGUGUUUUUAGGCCUUCCCAUCCAUAUACAAGAUGAUGGAAGUUGGAGAAUUUCCAAAAAAUCUAAAUUUGUUAGAUCUAAAAGUAUGUCGACUUCACAACUUCUUGAAUAUACUGGUGAGAAUUCUCAUGUGAUGGAGAAAGAUUGUGGAAUGUAUCAAUUUCACAUGUUAUUUGUGAUGAACCCACCUGUGGUUGAGUACAAUCAUCGGAUUGAUGAAAUGUUUCAUUAUAUUAUUAGUAGAAUUUCCUUGUUACUUCGAUAUGAGCAACAAAAGACAAACUAUGUGUGGGAAGAGUCCAAAAAAAUUUUGAAAUUAAAAGAGGAGCUGGUCCAUUUACCAGUUAACCAACAAUGGAAAACAAUUAUUGAAAAAUCUUCUUUAGCUAAGCUAAUAUGUGAGACCUAUAAGGCUGUUAGUAGAUCUCAAAUUGUCAACAUUGAGAUUAAUGGAAAAUUGAACUCAUUUCAAAUUCCUAUCCGAAGAGAGUUCGUGGUACUGCCCCCCAAUUAUGUUGAACUACCUGAAUAUUCUACACUUUCAUCUAUCUCGCCUUUUAACCAAUUGAAUAGUUAUGAAUCUCCCACCUCGUUGAGCCAAGCAAAUGACGUAAUGGCAUUUUUUGGACUAAUCCUACUGGAUGACACGGAACGGAUAAUCAGAGACAUUAAAGCAGAAAAAGAUUCUGUCAUCGCUAGUUUUAUAAGACUGAUCAAACCAAGUGAGUCAUUACAAAGACUAUCAGUUUUAAGUGGAUUAGAUAUCCAAGAGGUAAAAAUGUUUGCCAAUCAUUUAGUCUACUGGAGAAGAGCGAUGGCGGUCCUUCCAUUAACGUCUAGAAGCAUAUAUGUUGUGUCUCCCAUUGCUCCAAUAAAAAACAUAUACAAAGACUCUCCAGAUUUCAACCGUACAUUUCCCAACUUGCCUCCCCUACCAACAUUUCUAUCUAUGAUCUCCGAUAUUUCCACUAACAAGCCGAAAAGCAUAAGCAAUAUUAUUCCAAGUAGAGAUCAUCGAGAUUUGUAUAUGGAUGCAAUUGCUUGGCUUUUCAAACGUGGAUAUAUUAUUCAGUUAUACACUUUUUUAUACCUAAAAAUUACAAAAGAAAUAAAGAUCAAAGUUGCUGAAGAAAUUGAAAUAGAGAUCAAAAGAAAGCAGGAGUUGAAAAAAAAAAGUGCUUUGAUUGAUAAAGACUUAUCCGUGACAAAUGAGAAUGGCUCAGACAGCGAUAACAUGGUCACAGGUAACAGAGUGAAAACCGAUGCCAGCGAUAUCGACGAUUUAGACUUGACAGAUGGGGUGGAUCAAAGUGAUGGAAAUGUUUCAUCAAAUGAAGAUAGCUCUUACGAUCAAAUUCAAUUUGAGGAAGAAGAGGAGGAGGACACAAUAUUGCUUGAGCCUGAAUACUCUAGUUCUUUGGAAAGACGAUGGAUAGCAAAAGUGGUAGAGGGACAGCCGAAUGAGAUCUCCAAUCUUUUUUACAAGGUGCUUAAGUACAUGAAUGGUCGAAAUGCCCAAGAGGUUUUCAUGACUCAGGAAAAUAUUAGUCGUCAUGAUAUGAAGAAACUCAGUGAUGCAGUGGCGGAAUAUAUUGUCGUGAUGCGACAUUGG